CCGCCGCGGUGCCUCCAUGGGGCCCGGCGGGCGUUGGGUGCGGGUGGCACACACGGCCCUCAGCGCGGCCCUGACGCUCGGGCUCCUCCUGCACCGCACGGAUCUGCGCGAGCAGGAGGAGCGCGGGGAGCUGCUGCAGCCGCUCAUCUUCGUCCUGCUGGUUCUGUGCUCCGUCCUGCUGUACUUAAAAGUGUCUCUCAUGGAUCCGGGUUUUGUUAAGCCUGAAGAGGAAGCAAAGGCAGGGGAGGCUGAAGGACAAGGCCUGGUGAUCCCCCAGGGUACGGGUGACGUGAAGCUGCGGCGCUGUGGUUACUGCCUGGUGAAGCAGCCCAUGAGAGCCAGGCACUGCCAGCUGUGCCAGCACUGCGUGCGGCGCUACGACCACCACUGCCCCUGGAUUGAGAACUGUGUGGGAGAAAGGAACCACCCCCUCUUCAUAGCCUACCUGAGUGUGCAGCUUGUGGUACUGCUGUGGGGAGGCCACGUUGCUUGGUCAGGCCUCUACUUUCAACAGUCCUGGGAAUGGCUGCAGUACAACAUUUUCCUCCUGCUGUCCUUCCUCCUGAUAGUCAUAUUCACCACUGUGGUCCUGCUGCUGCUUGUUUCCCACCUGUACCUCAUCUCGUGCAACACCACAACCUGGGAGUUCAUGUCCCACCACCGCAUCUCCUACCUGCGCCACUCCGAGCUGGAGAAUCCCUUUGACCAGGGGAUCAUCCUCAACCUCUGGAGAUUCUUCUGCUCACGCCACCUCACUGCAUGGGAGCAAAUCUAUUUUCACAGGAACAGUGAGCCUGUCUAGUCCCAGGAGUACCAACACACCUGCAGGUUGCUGGGCAGAGCUUUGCUCAUGCAAUUGCUGCUGCUUCCUUGCACUGAACUUUAACACAUCAUGGACUGUGCAACCUGCUCCACAACCUGCUCACCCUGCAAAGUACAUUUCAGGGAUAGCCAGGGUUAUUUUUUAUAUACAAAUAACACUGUUAAAGAUGAGACACUGGUUCUGGGAAGGCCAAGGCCAGCAGAGCUGAUUUCUGGUCUGAGCAAAGGUAUCUAAAUUUAUAUCCUUUUCUUAACUGCAUCCACAUCUCCUGAAGAAUUCUCUUCCCUGAGGUCUCCCUCUCCUUUUGCUGCUAGGAAAAAGCAGCAAUUACAGACAAAACCAGCCAGGAUCAAUAUAAUUCCUGUGGCCUUUCUUCAGCCUAGUUCUGACUGUGAGAACUGCAGUGCCUUUUGUCAGUAGUAUUGGGCAUGGAACAGAAAUACUUGAGUAAAUAUUUAGACAGUCAAAAGCAAAUUUCAUUUCAUCCACAUGCCUCAAGUUAAUGCUUUCCACAAAGCUUUGAGGCUUAACACUGUUAAUGUGCAUGAGAAACAGCUGUAAGACAUCCAAUUCAGCUUAUGAGAUAAUUAGCCUGUACUUUGUGAUGCCCUGAGCAGCUUCCUCACAGCUUUUUAAGUUAAUGCUGCUGUUAACAAUUCACAGGCUAUUUUGAAUCAAGUCAGCAAAGAAUGAUACCAUCCACUUUUCUCUGGACAGAAAAGUAAUGCUUGGCUACUGAGUUAUUGGUAAAACUACUACUACCUCAACAUACUAACGAGAUUUUAAUAAAAGAAUACAAUUUCAGUGCAAGAGGAAAGCUGCCAGGUCCUGGUGGAUGAGACAAGGAGUGCUGACAGCUUCCAGGACAGCAGCAAGUGUACUUGUUUUCCAUUGAAAUAAAAGGUCAUACUUCAAUUUUCCAUGGGAUAUUAAAAAGAAGUUUGGGAUGGCCAACUUCAGCUUUAAAAACAGAAAAGGCUGUGGUGUCAAGUUUAGUCCUGACCCUUUUCUGUUAAAAAAAA